AGACGUGAGGAUUUAUUAGAGGAAGGUACAGGACGCACGCAAGGGUGGAGGGAGGAUGCUCAAAGACAUGAAGCACGGGACUGGUUGGGACUGGGGUCUUCUGUGUGUUCGGGGAGGUGCAAAUCGAUAAUCUACAGCCUCAGUCUUAGUUUUAGAGGGUGGGAGGGGACGGUCCACCAUAGUGAGGUCUUCCUCUAGAAAAUGCCAAAAGGGUGCCAUUCAUGGGCGAAAGACGGCCGUUUGCAAGCAAAUGGGAAUGGGCAGACCCAUUAGCAGCUGCAAGAGAGGGGCCCACGUUUGCUGUUUCAGGAGAAGAAAAAAACAAAAAACAAAAAACAGAUGAACCCAGGCUUGUGUUUUGAAGCUGCAGGCUUUCUUGAAAAUACGAUUUUUAAAAUUUUGAUUUCCUUGUCUCCUUUCUACAUAACUUUACCUCUUCUACCUCAAGGGAGCCCCUGGCGACAGGGGCAGACGAGGUGAUUUUAUUCUAGAAACAUCACUCUUGCUUCCCUCAAGAGAAGCGUUAGUGCAGGUGAAACCAGAGGCCAUGACACUGGAGGGUGGGACCGUUUGGAGUCAGCUUCGCAGGACUAAUUCCUUCAGUGGGCAUUAGUGGGAGCGAUGUAAAACAUAAAUUGAAGUCUUCAACAAAUAUUUAAUAUGGGUCCCAAAUAGCCGCUGCUGGCGAGGUCAGGGUCCACCAUGCGCAGCUCUGCUGAAAUAUGUGCUUUCCUUCUAUCAGAGGCGUCCUUCUUGCAGAUUUGGGGCUCCUGGCGGAGUCUUUCAAUUACAAUAUAAUCACAAAUACAAAUUAGGAGCACACAUCGGGUGCUUAACAUUUCCCUAAUUAACCAACUGGGGUGCCUGCAUCCUGCCCCCGAAGGUCUUCUGAGGGUGGAAGUCAGGGGCGCAUUUAGCGCAGCCACUCCCUCGCUCCCGCCAUCUCCACGCACAACUCCCUGCGGUCUCAAGCGCCGUUAGAAAGUCGGUGACGGACCGGCCAGAAGAACGAGAGCGACAGCGUGCAGGACACCGGAAAUCAGCUCCAGACGCCCGGAGGCAGGCCGGAAGUUUACCUCGAGCCCGCCCCGAAUCCCUCAUUGGGUGAAAUCACCACAAGAGAAGAGGAACACGACCAAAUCUUGAUUUCCUAUUGGCCAAUAACUUGAGGUGGAACCUGGCUUCCUCAGGGCUCCUGAUUGGCUAAAAUCGGUGGUGUCUUUAUAGUCUUCCCCCUGGCUGGCUGGUGAGAAAGCCGUUGUCCUGUCCCUCGGCCCAACCUACUUAUUUUAAAUAAAAAGUCGAGGACUCUGCCGUCCUUUAUCCCGAACUCCAUGGUGUUUGUCUUCUGGCUUUUGCUUCCCGGAGGUCCUCGAGUCCCACAGAGCCUGAGGAUUUAGGGAGACGCGAGCGUUGAGGGAAGCCGGAACGAUUCCUUCGUGGAACAAUUGAGGCCAGGCUUCUGGGGGAGACUUAGGUGACGCACCUUGGCGGGUCCGGCCAGGCGAGCAGGGAUGGCGACGGAGACGGUCGGCGGGGGCCCGAAGGCCGCCGUCCCCGUGGACCUGCGUCGGGAGCGAAGCUUGGUGUGCGUGGAGUACCCGGGCGGGGUGCGCGAUGUGGCCAAGAUGCUGCAGACGCUGGGCGGCGAGGAAGGCGUCUCCCGAAUCUACACAGACCCCACCAAGAGGCUGGAGCUGUACUUCCGGCCCAAGGAUCUAUACUGCCACCCCGUGUGUGCCAACCGCUUCAGUACCAGCAGCCUGCUGCUGCGGAUCAGGAAGAAGACAUGGAGGCGGAGAGGGGCGCUGGAGGCCGAGGGACACCCCAGGGUCACCUACGACAUGGAGAUCCUGGGCGUUGUCUCCACCAUUUUUAAAUUCCAGGGAAUGUCUGACUUCCAGUACUUGGCCAUUCACACGGACGCAGGGGGCAGGCACAUGUCCAUGUAUGACAAAGUGUUCAUGCUCAAGCCUGAGAAGGAGAGUUUCUUCCACCAGGAGCUGCCGCUCUACAUCCCCCCGCCCAUCUUCUCCCGCCUGGAUACCCCGGUGGACUACUACUACCGGCCAGAGACGCAGCACCGGGAAGGCUACAACAACCCCCCCAUCUCCGGUGAGAACCUGAUCGGCCUCAGCAGGGCCCGGCGCCCCCACAACGCUAUCUUUGUCAACUUCGAGGACAGCGACGUGCCCAUGCAGCCGCUGGAGGCUGCGGCCCAGACGUGGAAGAAGGCCUGCACCAACCCCAUUGACCAGGAGGUGGAGGAGGAGCUCAGGAAGCUGUUCGAGAUCCGCCCCAUCUGGUCACGCAAUGCCGUGAAGGCCAACAUCAGCGUCCACCCUGACAAGCUGAAGGUCUUGCUUCCCUUCGUGGCCUAUUACAUGAUCACAGGCCCCUGGAGAAGCCUGUGGAUCCGAUUUGGCUAUGACCCCCGAAAACUGCCAGAGGCCAAGAUUUACCAAGUCCUUGAUUUCCGAAUCCGUUGUGGAAUGAAAUACGGUUACGGCUCCGGUGACAUGCCCGUCAAAGCCAAGCGCAGCACCUAUAACUACAGCCUCCCCAUCACUGUCAAGAAGACCCCCACCCAGCUCAUCAGCAUGCAUGACCUGAAGCAGGGCCUGGGCCCAUCGGGGAUGGCCAGCCCCCGGAAACUGGCCUCCAACAAGUACAAGCUCAAGGACUCUGUGUACAUCUUCCGGGAGGGCGCUCUGCCGCCCUAUCGGCAGAUGUUCUACCAGCUGUGUGACUUGAAUGUGGAGGAGUUACAGAAGAUCAUUCACCGCAAUGACGGGGCAGAGCAUUUGUGCACGGAACGGGACGGGUGGUGCCUCCCCAAGACCAGCGAUGACCUGAGGGACACCAUGUCCCUCAUGAUCCGGCAGACCAUCCGCUCCAAGAGGCCAGCUCUCUUCUCCAGCCCGACCAAGGCUGACCAUGCAAAACAGCAGCUGAUGUUUGAGUCCGGGGAGGAGGAGGAAGAGGAGGAGGAGGAAGAGGAGGAGGAGGAAGACUUCAAGCCCUCAGAUGGGAGUGAGAAUGAGAUGGAGACGGAGAUUCUGGACUACGUCUGACCGUGCCCUGGCCCCUCGGGCUGACCAGGCGAGACUGGUGUCCAGCUUUGUGAGGGGACCAGGGAAACCCACGGCCCCCACGGCCAGCCACGGUGCUGAGGGUGGCCCUAGAAGAGCCACCAGCGCAAAGCCAGAGUCUGAGUAGAGCGGGCCCUGGGCCUGACCGUGACCUGCUGCUCAGUUGUGCCCUCUGGGUGUUGGGGACAUCCUGGCUCCAUGUGUCCACACCCAGGACCUCUCAGGCUGAGCUCACGAGAGCCUGGGGCACAGCCCAACCCUCCUGGUUGGGUCUUGUGACUCUGGUGGCAGAGAUGGCACGGGGAGCCUGCUCCAUGGUCACUGAUGGCCGAAGACAGCCCUUGGUUUUGGAUCCCAUCCAUUUGGGGGCACUUUACAAAGGCCGGCCCAGCUAGAAUUGUCUUGUUCAGUCAGCCUUGCAGGGCGCCUUGGUGACUUGGCUCAAGGUUUGGGGCCGUGGGGGAGUUCCUCUUGCUUUGGGGUUCCUGCCGCACUCCUGUCCCUUGUUUGGGGACGAGGCCUGUGCGCUUCUGCAGCUGGGUGAGACAAGGACGCUGGGAGUGACCCGGCUACACUCACUGCCGACUCCCCAAAUGGACACACUCAGGGAUUCCCUGGAAACAGCCCUGGUGUCCCAUCGCUUCCCGGCACGGAAGCAGAGGCACUCUUGUCCCUGCCAAGCCCACCCCCAGCGCACACUUCUGAGCAGCCCUCUCCUGAGCCCGCCUCCUGCAGUGCCUGAGCCGCAGAUGGGCCUUUAGCCCUCUGUGUGACCCUGAGUCCCCCAGGAGCUUGGUAUACGAAAUAGUCACUAGUCCCUAACCAAGGGCCUCAGGCCAGCUCCUUCCUGCUAGCCGGGUUCCUGGGAAACCCCUUUCCAUGGCAAGGUGAGAGCACUGGUGGCCUUGGUCUCUGCACAUCCCAGGAAGGUGCUGAGGCUGGGCUGUCCUAACCCCCUGCAAGCAGGCCUUCCCCACCCGGAGCUCAGGGCAGGCACCCGAGGCCCGCCAGCCUGGACGGGCUUCCCAAGGUCUAACCAGAUCGUGAAAGCAUAAUGAAUCUUCUAGAAACCUCCCUUGUCAAUAAAAGCUUUUUGUUAUAAAAAGUAUCAAACAUACACAGAGGUCCUGAGUAUUUUCAUGAGACCCAUGUAUCCAUCCGCUGUCUUCAGUAGUUACUAGGUUUUGCCAGUCUUGUGCCAUCUCUUCCCCCAUGUUUUUAUUUUGUUUUCUGUUUGUGUUUGAUUUGCUGGACUUGUUCUAAGAAAACUGCUUAUUCACCCUGUUUCCAAGACCUGAGCAGUUUUUCUUCACUUGAACCACAACAACACUCUCAAUACCCUUGCUCUGGUCAGGGUUCUCCAGAGAACUACUAUGAGGACGUGUGCAGCUGUGGGGGGUUAUUGUAAGGAGUCCGCUCACACCUUUGUGGAGGUGCAGGUCCAAGGUCUGCAGGGGCCAAGGGGGAGCUGUGUGCUGGGGGACCUUCCUGCACGCGUGGUCAGACCUCUGCAGACCUGUGGCUGCACCAAGCAGAGGACAGUGCUUUAUCAGUGCACCGUUUCAAUUUGAACUUCACCCCCCGACACCUUCACAGACCACACACCUGACACUGGUGCAGCCAGUGAACAUGGGGCUGGGGAUUUAGCUCAGCGGCACAGCGCCUGACCAGCCAGUGAACAUGUGAAGAGGACCAUCGCCGCAGCUAACAAAAUUUUCAGUAAUUCCAUAGGAUCUGAUUCUGUUAAACGCACGUUUCCCUGAUGGUUCAAAAAUGUCUUUUUAUUUUUGGAGCAGGAGUCAAACACUGGUCUCUGCCUUCUGCCUUCUGCCUUCUACCAGGAGGGGAAGUGGCACAAGGCUCCACCCAAAGCUCAGCACAGCUGGUGCCAGGCUCUUGGACUCCGGAACUGUGAGCAAAAUAAAUGUCUUUUCUUGAUGAA